AUGGAAUUAAGCGCUUCCACUCUUGUACUGAACCCUGCAUCACAGCCACAUGAGGAGCCCAAGGAUGAGAAUGGGGCUUUUGUUUUUGACACAAAUUUGCUUCAAAAGCAAGAGCACAUGCCCAAAGAGUUCGUCUGGCCAUCUAAGGACUUGGUUAACACCACACAAGAGGAGCUCAAGGAACCCCUCAUAGACUUAGACAUCAUGAACAAGGGUGACGAGGAAGCUAUUGCUUCAGCUGCUGAGCUUGUGAGAACAGCAUGCUUGAAACAUGGCUUCUUUCAAGUCAUCAACCAUGGUAUUGACCCAGAUCUUAUACAUGGUGCUUAUCAUGAAUUUGACUCCAUUUUCAACCUCCCCAUCAGCAAGAAACUGAGUGGUAGAAGAAAACCUGGUGGAGUCUCAGGCUAUUCAGGUGCUCAUGCAGAUCGAUAUUCAUCCAAGUUGCCAUGGAAAGAGACAUUUUCUUUUCUAUAUAAUCACCAAAACAACUCCGAGUCCCAGAUCGUUGACUACUUCAACUCUGUCUUAGGAGAAGACUUUCAACACACAGGGUGGGUGUUUCAGAAGUACUGUGAAGCAAUGAAGGAAUUAUCUUUAUUAAUUAUGGAGCUAUUGGCCAUUAGUUUGGAUGUGGAUCGUUUGGAUUAUCGAAGAUUUUUCCAAGAUGGUAACUCAAUAAUGAGGUGCAACUACUAUCCAACUUGCAACAAUCCCAGCCUCACGCUUGGCACUGGCCCUCACACUGACCCAACCUCAGUUACCAUUCUUCAUCAAGACCAAGUUGGAGGUCUUCAAGUUUUUGCUGAUAACAAAUGGCUCGCUGUUCGCCCUCGACCUGAAGCCUUAGUCAUAAACAUAGGUGACACUUUCAUGGCGUUGUCAAACGGAAGAUACAAGAGUUGCCUGCAUAGGGCAUUGGUCAACACAUACAGGGAGAGAAGGUCACUGGUUUACUUUGUGUGUCCAAGAGAAGACAAGACAGUGAGGCCCCCAGACAAUAUGUUAAGCAAAAAUGAGCCAAGGAAGUACCCUGAUUUCACAUGGUCCAAUUUGUUUGAAUUCACGCAGAAACACUAUAGAGCUGAUGUUGCUACCCUCCAAAGCUUCAUUCAGUGGCAUUGCUCUUCCAACUCAUCCAACUUUUAG